AUGUCUGUUCAAACAAUGACGACUCCAACCACACAUACGCGGGAUCCUGUCGCACCCAAACGCCGUCGACGUACUACCUCGAUAUCAUUUGCUCGAUCUGUUGUCGAUUGGUGGUCUUCACCUUCAGAUUUAGCCCGAGCCCCUUCAAUUUCUUCUAACUCCUCAGUAAACUCCUUAGCUGCUUCAAGAUUGCGAAACAGGAAAAUUGAGUAUGAAUUGUAUAGAGCUGUAUUCUCUGACGAUAUUCAUAUCGUUCCACCCGAGGGUGGCGACUCUGAAAUUGCCAUUGAAGAUGAUGUAGACAGUUCUAAAACUGAUAGAUCUACAUCAGUUAUAGCAAAUGCAGAAUUCUUAGACGUUGAUAUUGGUUCUGGGAACUCGAUUCAUGAAUUGUUUAUUCAAAAUUUGUCUCAACCUACCAACAAUAACGAGGAACCCAUCGACCUUGUAAUCAUUCAUGGAUACAUGGCAGCCUCUGGAUAUUUCUUAAAGAAUUAUGAAACAUUAGUCAAAAGUUGUCCCGGGAUUCGUAUACAUGCUAUAGAUCUUUUAGGAUUUGGAAACUCAUCUAGACCAAAAUUCCCUGAAGAAUUGCUUGUCACCCCAGUUGAUCAUGAAGAUCAAAUCAAACAAAUUUUGGAUGUAGAGAGUUGGUUCAUAGAUUCCAUUGAGCAAUGGAGAUUGAAACGAAAUCUUCGUAAAUUCAAAUUGAUAGGACAUUCAAUGGGAGCAUACCUUCUGUCCUGCUAUCUCAUGAAGUACAAUGAUCAAUAUGGUAAAACUGCUGAAGAUCGAAUUGUCACCCAAUUUGUUGCGGUAAGUCCCAUGGGGACUGAACCUAACUAUCAGAGCUUAAUAAAUGAUGAAAAGUAUCAAUUUAAUCAUCAUGCAUUAGGUGGAGAUCCAUUCAAAGAGUUGACAGCAAAACAAAAGAAAUUUAAAAGUAAUAGUAUGGUUGAUAAUGAUUCUGAAACCAAAUUUCAACUGUUAUGGAACGAUCUAGGAAGACCAAAAUUUCCGAAAGUACUUAUCUUAAGGAAGCUCUGGGAAUGGAAUAAAUCCCCGUUCCAAUUAUUACAAUGCUUUGGACCGUUUUAUUCUAAACUUUUAUCUUAUUGGUCAUUCCAAAGAUUUGCAAAUUUAAGCUCAAAUGACCAGAUAUCGAAUGAUGAUAACACAGACUUGAUCUUAAAAUUACAUUAUUAUUCAUUCUCCAUUUUCAAUCAGUUUCAAGGAUCUGGUGAAUUGGCAAUUACAAAACUUAUCAAUCAUGAAAUCCUCGCAAGGAUGCCCCUUGCAGACAGAGGACUUGCGGAAUACUUGGCCAAUGCUAAUAUUAAAUCAUUAUGGAUGUAUGGGGAUAAUGAUUGGAUGAAUACCAAUGGGGGAAAGUAUCUCUACGAGAAAAUAAAGAAGAUUCCUGGGUCUGAAACAGAAUUUCAAAUAGUGGAAGGUGCCGGUCACCACAUCUACUUAGACAACCCACAAUGUUUCAAUACUUCAUGCAUUGAUUUCUUUGAACUCUCAAAAAAAUAA